UCGUGAUGCAAGAAGGAUCCACAGAAGAGCUCCACAGCAGCCGACCAUGUGAGAGCAACCUAAAUGAGCAUGCUGGACUACUGGUUAACAAAAGCAGAAAAACAAUGGUGACAGGAGGUGGAGGCUACCUGGGAUACAAUCUGGGAUGUGCUCUUGUUAGGUCAGGAAUUGCUGUUGUUCUGUUUGACGUACAGAAACCUAAAUGGGAAAUCCCAAAGGGAGCAGAUUUUUUCAAGGGUGAUGUGAGGGAUUAUGAUGCAGUGUUCACAGCAUGUGAAGGGGUUGACUGUGUUUUUCAUGUGGCUGCAUGUGGAAUGUCAGGAUUAGAACAACUUCAAAAGAAAGAUCAAAUUGAAUCCAUAAAUGUGGGAGGCACAAAAAUAAUAAUCAAUGUCUGCAAACAGAGAAAUAUCCCUAGACUGAUAUAUACCAGUACAGUGAACGUGGUAUUUGGAGGGAAUCCUAUUGAAGAAGGAGAUGAAGAAACUGUGCCAUAUUUUCCACUGGAAAAGCAAUUUAAUCAUUAUUCUAGAACAAAGGCAAUUGCAGACCAAAUGGUUCUUGCUGCUAAUGGAACUUUACUCAAAGGAGGGGAUAAGCUCCAUACUUGUGUGCUUCGUCCACCAGGCAUAUAUGGACCAGACGAGCAGCGCCAUCUGCCGCGAGUAGCCGUAAAUAUCCAGCGGAGACUAUUUAAUUUCAAGUUUGGGAAUCACAAAGUUCAGAUGAACUGGGUUCACAUAGGAAAUCUAGUACAAGCUCACUUACUAGCUGCUGAGGCUCUCACCUCUGAGAAGGGAUAUAUAGCUAGUGGCCAGGCAUAUUACAUACAUGAUGGUGAAAAUGUGAUAUUUUCUGAAUGGAUAGUCCCUUUAUUUGAAAAAUUAGGCUACAGGAAACCCUGGAUACAUAUUCCCGUUCUCCUCGUUCAUAUAGCAGCCACUGUGAUGGAGUAUCUGCAUGUGAUACUAAAGCCUGUUUUUAGCUUUACACCUUUCUUGACAAGGAAUGAGGUGUGGAACGUUACUGUAACUCAUACUUUCCGAAUAGACAAGGCACGAAAUCAGCUUGGCUACAAACCAAAGCAAUUCUCAUUUGCUGAUUCUGUGGAUCAUUAUAUUAAAACAAGACCUACUUGCCAGGAAGAUCACAUGUGCCUUAAAAUGCUGUUUGCUUUUGGCAUUUUGUUAAGUUUGAUCAUUCUUUCUUUCUUCUAAAAUCAAAAAAACAGUUCCAAAAAAAACUAUUUUUGUUUCUGAUUAUUAAUGAUCUGGUCAUAGUAUAUUCCUCAAUCGUUAUGGCCUUUAUUGUUCUUAAGAUGACAUCUCUCUGAUCUCAUUAAAACCAAACCAGCCCCACAAAAGUGAAAACACAGGACCCAUCAGGAACUGUUCCCAAAGAACAACAGUGUCACAAAAUGCAAGGAGUUCACCACUAAUGGGUGCAGGAAUUGUUUUAAUAGAUUUUCAUUAAUUGAUUGCUUUAUGCUGAGAAUGAUUCUUCUGAAAAUGAUAAUUCUGGAGGGUAAGAAACUGGAAGAAGAGGAACCAUUGUGGGACUGCAGUGCUGGACCAAGUCCAGUAGCUCCAAUGAAGAGAAGGUUGACUAAACUCCUCUAACGAAGUCGCUGCUACAGCUACUGUGUUAGUAUGAGGAAUUAUGAAGACCUGGGUAAUAGUACGAACAAUAUGAGAAGUAAAGAUUUAUAAAUGACAGGUGGUGAGAGGAUGAAAGUCAUAUUUAUGUAAAAUAGUUUUAUUGUUCAAAAGCUUUGUAAAAAUGUAAUAAAUUAUAUAUGUUUGUAAAUUAAGUAAUACCCUUUCAGUGCAAUAAUAAAUAAUCACUGAACCAAAUACUUGUUUUAAGGAGCCUGUGGGAAGGGGGAGGGAGGAGGGCACAUAAGAGCUUGGAGUCCAGCACACUGUCACUGCUACCUUGCCAUGUAAAUGAAGCCAGGUCUGACUAUCCAUAACCCUGCACCAGUGCUAGCACACUGUUUGAUCAAGAAAUUGCCACUUCAGGAUGAGCAGGCAAGCCAAGCACUAAGACCUGAGUGAGGAUCCAGCCUCUCUCUUUUCCCCUUUCUUAAGACUUAGGUUAGUUACUACUUGGGUGGAUUGUCUCAUGUGAGCUACCUGUGCACCCCAUGUACACAUACUGUGUGUAGCCCAGAUGGAUUUCCAUAAGGUUACCUGUCACAAGGAGUUUCUCAGGGACCAGCUUUGCUCUCACCCAGGAGCAGCUGUUCCCCGUCUUGCACCCCAAAGGGAUCAGGAGGGGGGGACUUGCUGGGGUGGGUCACAGAAGAGAGCAAUGAAAAAGCUCUGCCAUCUGGUAAUCUCCACUCUGUAUUUAUUUUGUCUUUCCGCUUGCAUUUUACAGGACUUUUAAGGCCAGUAAGUUAGUUUAUGGAGACUCUCUCAUUGUAUCUUUAUAUUUACAGGAAACCUAACAGGAACCUUACAAGAAUAAAACAUUAUAGGUGAAAGAUGAUACACGUUGACAGGAAAAUGUGUGAGCAACCACAAUUACCACUGCAGCUUAUGUGAGCAAAGAUUUGUUUUACUCUCAUUUUCUUUAAACAAAUAGUUCUGUUUGCAGAGAAAGCAGUAAAGCCUGGUCUAUUGUGGAUGAGCAUUCGAAGAUUGUCCUCAUCCAUACAAAUUAGCUUGCAUCUUCCCUUAGCAGGGGCACUACUCAGCUGUCUUCUAUUCCUUGCUAGCUAUUGUCAGGAAUCUUAAAGAAACUUGCUAUAUAUGAGACCUUUAUCCAAGUUUAAUCAAAACCAGAUAAGUUCACGAUUUAUCAGUAGAGAGGUGCAGCUGACUGACAGACAAGUGAGCACUGCAGGAGGCAAUGCAUAAGCCUAUGUUCCCUAGAAAUGCAGAAUAGAAAAUCACAAGUGUCAAGUUACAUCCCAGUGUGAGCAUUUUAACUGUAUGCAAACAUACAACUUGCUUUUAAAUCAGUUAUUUAUGAAUCUUUCAUAUAUUGCUUUUAUUAAACUAAUAGCUCAAGCUUACAUCCCAGAUUACACCAACAGCUUUCAGCAGAGACAUCAGGCAGUUGGCUGCAGCCCAGUGGGAGUGCAGGCUGUGGCCUUUUCAUGGGUGC